UUUGUUUCAUAAAGUAUCAAACAAAAAGACAUUCUUAAAGAAUGAAGAGAAACACAAGUUUUUCUCUACUCUUUUUCCUAUCCUUGUUGUUUCUUAUAUUUUUCACAUUUUCAGUGGAUGCAAGGAAGACAAACAUCAAGAAAAAACUUCACAAAGACGGCGGAAAUCGCCAUACUAGAGGCAAAGGAUCACAUCCUCCAUCUCCUCUUCCUCGUUAUGAAUCUCAUCCAACUCAAGUUAACACUUUUGACAUUAUGUCUUUUGGUGCCAAGGGCAAUGGAGUUUCUGAUGAUUCAGAGGCACUUGUAGCUGCAUGGGAAUGUGCCUGCAAAAUUUCUGGUGCCACAAUAAAAGUUCCAGCAAAAUUCAAGUUCCUCAUUAAGCCUAUUACUUUACAAGGCCCUUGUAUGAAUGAUCUUACACUUCAGAUAGAUGGAAUUGUAUUGGCUCCUUCUGAAGUAUCUUCAUGGCCAAAAUCAAGUUUGUUUCAGUGGAUAAAUUUUAAAUGGGUGCAGAACUUCACAAUCAAAGGCUCUGGCACUGUUGAUGGUCAAGGGUCUAAUUGGUGGAUCUUGUCAGAACUUUAUGAUAUGCAGAAAACUCACUCUGAACAAAUUCCAAGCAUGAAGCCAACUGCUAUAAGAUUCUACUCUAGCAACUUUGUAAAAGUUAGAGAUAUCAAAAUCAUAAACAGUCCUCUAUGCCAUCUAAAAUUUGACAACUCAAAGGGCAUCAAAGUUGAUAAUAUUACAAUAAUUUCCCCUGCAAAUAGCCCAAAUACUGAUGGAAUUCACUUGCAAAACACACAAGAUGUUGAAAUUCAACAUUCUCAUAUUGGAACUGGAGAUGACUGUGUGUCCAUCCAAACCGGUUGUUCUAAUAUUCAUGUCCACCACAUUAAAUGUGGCCCUGGUCAUGGCAUAAGCUUAGGAGGAUUAGGAAAAGACAAGAGUGUGGCAUGCGUUUCUGACAUUAUUGUUGAGGAUAUUUCAAUGAAAAAUACACUAUAUGGAGCAAGAAUCAAAACAUGGCAGGGAGGAAUUGGUAUGGUUAAAAAUGUAUCAUUUUCAAGAAUCAAAGCCUAUGAUGUUAUGUUUCCAAUAAUGAUAGACCAAUACUAUUGUGACAAACAAAUUUGCAAGAACCAAACAGGAACAGUGGUAAUUUCUGGUGUUAAGUUUGAUCAAAUAAGUGGCAGUUAUUCAGUGCAGCCAGUCCACCUAGCUUGUAGCAAUUCCAUACCAUGUACAGAUGUUGAUUUAACUGACAUUCAACUAAGGCCUUCCCUAAAAUAUAGAGGCUUACAACAAGCUAUGUGUUGGAAUUCUUAUGGAAAAUCACAAGGUCAAUUGGUACCUUCAAGUAUUGAUUAUUGUUUGAGAAGUGGUGGUGGAUUAAUCAAGAGGAUAGCAAGGUCACAUGAUAGUGUAUGUUAUAAAUUUUUAUAGAAGUCAAUUUUAAUUAGUUUUGGGACUUAUUGUAGAUUCCCUUAUGCAAAUGCUUUUUAAAUUUGUGAAGGGGGUGAUGUUGGUGUAAAUUUUUAUUUUUAUUUUUAUUUUAUUGGAAUGUACUAAUAGACUUUAGUUUAUUUGUUGGGUGGUAAGUGAAAACAAAAUUUGGGUUUUAUUUUUUCCUAAAUUUUCUUAAUAUUGUAGGAUUGAAUCAACAAAUAAUUUGACAAAUUUUGUUUUAGAGGUUA